CCUCCUGAUUGGCUACUCCUACAUCCUGUGUUUUCAGGCUUUGCUAGCUGGCAGAUGCUAUUUUGAACCAUACUUCCUUCGUGAGCAGCACUGGAUUAACAAGUGCAUUUUAGAAAAGGAGUAAGUCAGUAAUAACAUGCUUGGCUUUUCGGCGGCUGUUUCAGUGAACGGAUUUGAUAACUAGACACGGAUAAAAAAAGCCGUUAGUUGUUACUAAACGGGCUAACGUUAAGAAAGCUGCUGCUAGCUAAGUUACUAUUGAGAACAGUUCUGUGGGAAAACUCACGUUAACUGGCUUAGUGUGAAGCGUCCAGUUCUCAUUCAUAAGAAAGACAAGUGAGUUUCCAAAAAGGUUCGUCAAGAUGCACCGGGGAUGUUCGUUUGGAUGCCAUUGCUAAUGCUGAGUAAGAUAAUGUCUUUAUAAUGUUAAAAUGCUCUAGAAUCCACGUCUUUUAAUAUCUCCUAUUUUAUCUCAGUCCAAACGGUUCCUUCCGUUUAGGAACAUCCGACGUUUGUGACGUUACUUGAAGAAGCUUGGUAUUUAACUAGCUACGUCUUUUGGUGUUAUGAAGGUUGUGUGACACAUCAUCACAUAUGAAAUCAGCGCCACUGGUUAAAGAGAAAUAUAUUAGUCUAUCUCCCAACUCCUGAGAGGUUCAGUAAUGGACGAGCAUGGACCACACCAGCCCAGAGAUACUUGAAGAUCCUGGAGGAGAGGCAGCAGAACGGGAGAAUUCUAAGUCAUUGUUUCCAGAAAAAGAGCAGACGAGAUGCAGUUCCUGCACGGCGGCAGAGGAUCCGACCCCUAAUGGUUCCUGGUCACAGAGUUCAAUCUCCCGUUCCCUGCAGCGAGCUGAGACGCUACUCAGGAGCACCUUUAAUCCCAGUCUCAAGUGGCUGUUCCAUGGCCGCAGUCAAGAUGAAGAAGAGGAGCAUUUUGUAGCCGCUGCCAACCUGGUGUCCCGGUCCUCUGCACGUCUCCUGCGUCUGCAGCAAGCUCUUCUGACUGUGUCCCCCCAGUGGCAGCCGGUCGGCGAGGCACAGACGGGAUCUCACCGGGUGUGUGUUAAAGGCCUCCCAGCAGAGGGUGGUGUUCUCUUCCUGCCCUCCUCCUCCUCCCUGCAGGGCCACUAUAAAGCCCUGCGGAGGCUCCUGGAACAGCGGUGCCUGCUGCUCUUCGUACACGAGUACACAAGAAGGGCUCGCCUAGCAGCAGCAUACAUAUCCAGAGUGAGCCACCUGCUGGAGGGUCAGCUAAAGAAAUCCCACCUGACACCUCGCCAGACCCCGUCCAGCUGUUCUUCAAUCGGGGUUGGUCUGGGCUCACUGAGUCAGGAGCUUCGGGUCCAUCUCAGCCACUGGUCCUGUUUAUUUUCUAAAGUCCAGUCGGACCACUAUCUGAGACCUGCUCUGGUCCAGCAGACCAGGCUGCUGGCGGAUAUCAAACAGACUCUGGACUUACUCGGUCUGCAGGCACUGGUUUUAAUGGAACAUUAUGUUUAUGUCAUUCUGUCUGCUAUCGCCCAGACGGAAUUAGACUCUGUGCCAAGAGAAAUCUUGGAGGAUAUUUUAACGGGUACAGCCCUGUAUAACCAAGCAGUGGGAGAGCAGAGAGCGCAGCACAGCGCCACCCAGCUGAGGACUGCCGUAUUACAGCAGACACAUUGUUCCACAUUGGAUUCCAGUCUUCCAAAAAGCUUCACAGCAGGGCAUCACCCCGCUGCCUUCUCAGUCAAAGAGUUGAUGAUGGUUUUAGCAGUGCAUGAAGCAAACAGGGCAGCCAAGCAGCUGCUCCGCUGGGCCUCUGACCAGAGCUACCACACGUGUCAGGUUCACACCAACCACAAGGCCUAUGCAUGUUCUGAAAAAUGUGUUUGUCAGGGCGCCCGGCUCAGCUGUGGGGCCUCUGCACUGAGAUCUGAGUGGACCUGGGAGCAGCUGCAACAUACCUACCUUAUUUCCUCUCCUCUCUUCUCUAAUUAUCCCCCCUUAGAGUCAUCAUCUUGCCACACCUGCCAUAAAACUCCCCCUGUUUAUGUCCCUGACCAUCAUUUGGACAGUACUAUUUUUGAAAACCAUUAUCCUGUAUUAGCCAAGCCCACAUUUGUGCAACACAAACCAGAUGGCUCUAUCAAAGACCAAACCAGCCAGUGCCAAACAAACAUACCCCAGGCUGGUCUAUCCCAGACAAAUGCGGAAGGGUUGGCCCAACCAAAUCUAGAAAGACAGACAACUUUAGGAAACCUUAAACUACCGCAGUCUCUUUCCCCUCCUUCAACCACCUUCCUCCAUCGUUUAGCCCUGCCUUUGUCAGGGGGUUGCCAGCAGGACCAUUCCUCAGUAGAGCUACUUUUUCAGGUGCUGGUUUCCUCCAGUGACCUGCUGGCUCCACUUGUUUCACAUACAUCUACACCAGAGGCACCGACUGAACAACUCCCAAAUACGAGAACAAAUGUGUUAUCACCAAAUGGAAAGAAUGACUUGAUCAUUUUAAAUGAUCCCAGCAUAAAUGCAGCAGGUUCAGGGGAAUGCAAUAGUCUGAGUACAGAAGUCAACAAGGACCAAAAGGUGGAAGGACCUCAGCAGGAAUGGGAUGAACUGGAAAUAACAAAUGGGAAAGACGCCACCUUCAGCUCAGGUUUUGAAAACCCAGAGAAGGAGGAGAGUGGGGGAGCACUGGGGACAACGGCGGAGACAGAUUGUCUCCAUUGGCCUCACUCGGUACAGUGGUUGGACCUCGGUCAGUCGCUGGUGUUUGCCGAGCUGUUUGGACAGUACCGCACGCUGCUGUGGACUCUGUGCAGCAAAGCCCUGUGGCUGCAGCUGCAUGUGCCACAAGCGGGAAGCACUGCAGGAAGCAUCAACCUCCAAGACAAACACAGGGGGUUCCAAAUCCUGCACAGGAUCAGUCAAGCUUUACACAACGAUCUGGUCGCCAAGGAGUGCAGAACCAUGCUGGAGGACUUCAGUCUCUAUCUGUCAGCCACUACAGCACACGCUGAGUGGGACUACGUGAUGUGCAAAAGUUUAGGUUCAGCUUUGAAAGAUAAGUGUGUCACAGAUGUGAAUCAGGGCAGCAACUCUGUGACCAUGGGGCACUUCCUGCUGCUGUCCCCUCCUCUCCUGUCGUCUCUGCACUGCCACCGCUCAAACAGCAGAGCCUCAGGUUCUAUUAGCUUCUUCCCAUCUCAUCUCACUCUCCAGAGACGGACUGUUAGCUUGGCGUUAGCCACGGCGCAGCUGUCUACAGUGUGGGUCGUGUCCAAGGCUUACCAGUUCCUUUCCUCAUGGAGCCUCAACAAGUUCCUGCUUAUCACGCAGGGAGACGUCAAAGUGCUGAUAGAGUCAUUAGAAAUGAUGGAGCUUCAGACUAAGGCCCUGGUGAUGAAUUCAGAUAUGAACCAACAUAAUAUUCUUCACAACCACAGCCAGCUUCUGCUGAGGCAGCAACUCAACGCAUUUGGCAGGGCUGUAUCCGAGCUGCAGACCUUCUCUUUGCUGGUGGUGAAGACGUUCUCCAGCAGCUGCAAGAGGAUGUCAGGGGAGAUCUUUGAACAGACCAUGCCUUCUGCUGUACACUGGAGACACAGUUUCAGGACAGGUUUUCCCAGCAGUCCCAGUGAGUAUGCAUCUGUGGCAGCUCAGACUGUGAUUGGUCAGGUUUUAGAGGGGGUGGCACCAUUGUCUGAUGAUGCCCGUGUCCAAGCUCUGAGUAUAACAAUGACAGCUUUCAUGGAGGCAUGGAUGGAACACAUCCUGAAACAGAAGAUCAAAUUUAGUUUGCAGGGAGCUCUCCAGCUGAAGCACGACUUUGAUUCUAUCAGAGAGCUGAUCCAGUCAGAGACAUCCGGUCUGUCAGCUGAACUCCACCAGCGACUGCUCAGCCUCGGGGUGUUUCAGCAGGUCGACUCAGCAGUAGUGUGUCUGCUCCAGCAGCCGCCGGCCAAACCGUACCUGCAGCCCAGAGCCUGGGAGCCCUUCACACGCUGCUGUCCAACCAACCGCAGCAGGGACAGCAUUGAUGCGGCAGUGGGGAGCAGUAUAACCAACCUGAGGUGUAUGGAGGGGGAGGACCUGACUCAGGCUGAUCCCUCAGUGGUGACCACUGACCUCCCGUCAGUGGACCAAUCAACCGCCGGCAGACCCUACCUCGCUCCAAGUCUAGCUCUGGGUGUUGCUCAGCGGGAAUGGUUGGACCUGAGGAUCCACAGAAGUGUUCCACGCUGGAGGCUGCCGGGACUGCCGUGUCUCUCCAAGUCUGAGCCCUGAACACUCACACACACACACACACACACACACACACACACACACACACACACACACACACACACACACACACACACACACACAAUAUCUAGUAAAAACAUCAAGAACAUUUUAUUUUUGUAGUUUGGAAAGUGUCUAUUUUUGCAAUUAAGAAUAUCAUACCUCUGGAGGUGACUUUUGAAUCAUGUAAAAUUAAUUUAAAAAUA